GGCAGCGGCAGCAUCAGCUCCGGCUCGUUGCCAUAGCGACCCCUCGGAGAGAAGAGAGGGGCGAGACUGCGCUCACGUGACCCAGCAAGAUGGCGACCACAACGUAAAGAAUGGAUGGUUUGAACUAAAGUGUUUGCUGUGAAUCUGGAUCUGCUGGUUUUAUUAAUUGUUCAUCAUAUCACAGAAGUCACGAUGGCCCUGAAUGUGUUUGAUCAUGAUGAAUACAGGCCGCCGGUGUGGAAGUCUUACUUGUACCAGCUCCAGCAGGAGGCUCCUCACCCACGCCGGCUCACCUGCACCUGCGAGGUGGACAACCGACCUAAAUACUACGGAAGAGAGUACCACGGGAUGAUCUCCAGAGAAGAGGCCGACCAGUUACUGAGUCAGGCCGAAGGCAGCUACCUCAUCAGAGAGAGUCAGAGGCAGCCGGGCACGUACACACUAGCUCUAAGGUUUGGGAACCAGACGAGAAACUUCCGACUCUACCAUGAUGGGAAACACUUUGUCGGAGAGAAGAGGUUCGAGUCCAUCCACGACCUGGUCACAGACGGCCUCAUCACGCUCUACAUUGAGACGAAAGCAGCGGAGUACAUUGCUAAGAUGACCAUAAACCCCAUCUAUGAACACGUGGGCUACACCACCCUGAACCAGGAGCCCACUCUGAAAAAACACCUCCCCCUCAGCCCAGAGGCCCCGGACGGACCCGCUCCGGCCAAAGACGACUGCAACGCCGAGGAGAGGCUGACGUCGCUGGUGCGGCGGGCCACCCUGAGGGAGAGCGACUUGGCGCCCAAGUACGAGAAGGUGCACAACUUCAAGGUUCAUACAUUCAGAGGUCCCCACUGGUGUGAGUACUGUGCCAACUUCAUGUGGGGGCUCAUCGCUCAGGGAGUCAAAUGUGCAGACUGCGGCUUGAACGUCCACAAGCAGUGCUCCAAAGUCGUGCCCAACGACUGCCAGCCGGACCUGCGGCACGUCAAGAAGGUGUACAGCUGCGACCUCACCACGCUGGUCAAAGCCCACAACACCAAGAGACCCAUGGUGGUCGACAUGUGCAUACAGGAACUCGAAACCAGAGGUCUUCAGUCGGAGGGUUUGUACAGAAUAUCAGGCUUCAGCGAACUCAUCGAGGACGUCAAGCUCGCCUUUGACAGAGACGGAGAGAAAGCUGACAUUUCCAGCAACGCUUACGAGGACAUCAACAUCAUCACCGGAGCGCUGAAGCUGUACUUCAGAGAGCUGCCGAUCCCCCUCAUCACGUACGACGCUCACCCACGCUUCAUAGAAGCUGCAAAGAUUACAGACCCUGAAAAACGUCUGGAGUCUCUCCACGAGGCCUUGAAGCUGCUGCCGCCAGCUCACUGCGAGACGCUGCGAUACCUCAUGGCUCACCUCAAGAGAGUGACCCAGCACGAGAAGGACAACCUCAUGUCCAGCGAGAACCUCGGCAUCGUCUUCGGCCCGACGCUGAUGAGGGCGCCCGAGCUGGACGCAAUGACGGCGCUCAACGACAUCCGAUACCAGAGACUCGUGGUGGAGACGCUCAUCACCAACGAGGACGUGUUGUUCUGAGAGGAAAAAGUGACUUUUUACAGGCAGCAAGAAGAAGUACACUACCUGAAGGACGAUCGAAACAAACAGUUGAGACGUCUCGAUGGAAGGACGCAGUGUUUCCCCACGUUUUAAAAGCUCUGCACGAGCCUUAUUCGAUAGAAACUAACAUUUAUUAUCACUUGAAUGAGCUCUCAUGUUCUAAAUUAAUCGCGUAAAGGAAACACUCCGUCAUCCAUCUGCACGUCGACACCUCUUUCCUAAAACACUCUCCGAGAAGAAGAACGAAGCCCCGGCUUCACAACACGAGUUAGACAGCUGGAUGAAUGAACGAACGAACCACGCAACUUUUAAUAAGUGACUUGGACCUAAUCGUUUUCUUCUUUUCUUUUAAAACUCUUUACUUCACAGCUCCCUCUGCUGUUCCAUCGACUGAACUGUGAUUACGCAGGAACCUCACACUAACAGCUCACUAACAUAGUAAACGUAGACUUUUUAAUUAACGCCAUAUUUUUCCUUUUUUAAAUAUUCUAGUUUUGUCGCUGUGUGUACGUGUGGAACGGACGGAGCUGUAAAUUAAACGGUUAAAUGUUUAAUUUCUUUUCCUCUCUGCAUCGAAUAUAAAAGAUUUCAGCUUCGCACAUCGACCCCCGAGGUCGUAAACGACUUGAAACACGUGAUUUUUCUUUUCUCGCUUCGCUUUUGGUUUGUCAUGAUUAAGCAGUAUUACCACGCUCGCCCACGAGGACAGCAGGAUUCUCCAGUACUUUUAACAGUCUGUCUUUCCCUUUUAAUUAAAAAUUAAAACGAAGUUACUCUGCUUGUAAUUAAAGUGGUACUGGAGCUCCGCCUGUUUGGAAAGAUGCUGUGAAAUUUUGAUAAUCGCUUAAACAGAAGUUUAAAAACAGGUUGGUUGGUGAUUAUUUUUAUUUCAAACACGUGAAAGAGAGUCUGUGAUCAAAGCAGUAUUAAUUACGGGACGAUGUUGCCAAUCUGUGAUAUGAAGGAUGAUUUAUUUCUAAACUGGUGCCAUUCAAAUAAAAAGUUGGAGUUGGAGGUGUAGAAAUGAUUCUGCAUGUUCCUCCACCCUCAGCAAACACACACACACACACACACACCUUAUGUUUUAUCCAUUCCUCCCCCCACUUCUGUCGGGGUUCACCAGACACAUUUUAAACAGACAAAGACAGAGUUUGGGUUGUUUAAAAUCAAGCGCACCCCGUCCUGGGUCGGGCGUACGAACAUCGAACACACACACACAAAGAAGUGACGUCAGCAUUUUUCUAACAUGACUCAUGUUUAAUUUCUCCUUUAACUCUUUAUGUUUAUUCCUCUAAUCAUGUUACUAACACGAUGACAACCUGUGAGCCUUCAGUGAUCUGUGAUUUUUUUUUUUUUUUUUUGGCAUCAUGAAAUGUCUUUUUAUUUUAUUAUUAUUGUCAUUGCUGUAAAGUAUUUUCUAUAUGGUUUAUGCAUGGUGGAAUUAAAUUAUUAAAUAUGGCUCA